AUGGACCUUGGUUUCGGAGCUUCGAAUCAAAAGGUGGGCAAUGCCGCCGCCAAUAUGAUGCUGCAAACGGCGCAGGCGCAAGAACAAGCCAUUGUGGAUGAAAUGGCGGCGUACGAUGCCUUGUUGGAAGACGACGAUGCUCUGGAACUGCUCCGUCAAAAACGAUUGCAACAAAUGAAACAAGAAGCCAAAAAUCGUCAAAAAUGGAGAGCCCAAGGACACGGAGAAUACACCGAAUUGGCCGGUAGCGACGUGAAUCGCGAAUUUUUCGAAGCCUCCAAAGAGUCGAAUCGACUAGUGGUCCACUUUUAUCGGCCGGAAACGCCACUGUGUGACCAUUUUCAUGCGGCAUUGGCGAAACUCGCGACAACCCAUUUGGAAACGAGAUUUCUCAAAAUCAACGUGGGUGGAUGCGAUCAAUCUUCUGGUGGCGCCGCCAGUUAUUUGGUGGAAAAAUUGGGAAUUAUCGUCAUGCCCACGCUCAUUAUUGUCAAGGAUCGAAAGGUCGUCCAUCAUAUUCGUGGAUGCGAUGAACUAGGCGACAAUCCAGAAUUCUCCACCAAUGCAUUGGAGUAUGUACUGGGAAUCCAUGAUGGCGUCCAUCAUAAUCCGGAUGACGAGAUUCCACCAGAAUUGUUGCAUGUACAAGGUGUCAAUGCCAUUCGGAUACGUGGAGCCAGCCGCAAAAAUAAUAACAACAGCAGCGGAAAUAUUCGGGAUGGAGUCUCCAGUGGAAGUUAUCAUCAAGAGGAUUUUGAUUGA